AUGGAAUCGAAGGUGGUCAUCGUCACCGGCGCAAGCCGUGGCAUUGGCCUCGCGGUGGCCGAAACACUUCUGGCCGCAUCGCAUAAAGUUGUUCUCGUUUCUAGAUCAGCCGACAAGCUACAACAGCUGAAGGAACAAUAUCCUUCGAAGGUCGCAUACCUUGCGGCUGAUAUGACACUCGCCGAUACAGCCUGGAGGGCAACAGAGCUCGCCAUCCUCACAUUUGGCAAAAUAGAUGGAGUUGUGGUGAACCAUGGAGUGCUGUCUCCCAUGACCCGCAUCGAAAAUGCCUCGGUUGAGGAAUGGAAGAAACUCUACGAUGCGAACUUCUUCAGCGCGCUGGCACUGACGAAGGAGACAAUCCCUCACCUGCGUGCUUCAAAGGGCCGUAUCGUCUUCGUGUCCUCUGGGGCCGCCACAAGCGCUUACACCUCAUGGGGCGCAUACGGAUCGUCAAAGGCGGCCUUGAACUCUCUCGCCAAGCACGUUGGCGUCGAGGAGCCAGUCAUCACCUCGGUGGCCAUCAGCCCGGGUCGUGUCGAUACUGAUAUGCAAAAAGAACUCCGGGAAAAGGGUACGGAAAUGGCGAAGAAGGACUACGAAACUUUCAAGACGGACUUCGAGGAGGGAAGGCUCAUCAAGCCCGAGCAGUCCGGCAGAGUCAUCGCGAAGCUCUCUGUUGACGCCAAACCAGAGCUUUCGGGCAAGUAUUUCAAAUGGGAUGCGGCGGAGCUUGCUGAGUAUCGCUAG